UUUGAAUUCUACCAGUUGCCUGCAACUGCAAGUACGGAUUUCCCAGUACCUGCUAAGCUUUCAGAUCACGUAUCUUUGAGUCCAGAGAAAAAAAAAAAUGCAAAUUCAAAGUAUUUCACUGUCAAAUCGCAAUCUCACACCUUUCAAUUUCUCAAAUUCUCUUCAUAUCCACUCAUCUAUUUCACCGGUUCGCCAUCUCUCUACUCCUCCUUGCAUAGUUAAUUCAAAAUCUGGGUUUUGCAAUUCAGGCAAAAGGGUAUCUAAAUCGCUUAUUGGUUUGAGAAUAUAUUGUGGAUCGGUUAUGGUCAAAUGUCAAAUUUUGGCAAAAGAUGGUAGCAACGAAGGUAAAGACGAUGGCUUUUACAUCAGGCGAUGUGUUGAGUUGGCAAGGAAAGCAAUUGGGUGUACGAGUCCUAAUCCUAUGGUGGGUUGUGUCAUCGUCAAGGAUGGCAAGAUUGUUGGUGAAGGGUUCCACCCUAAAGCGGGUCAGCCUCACGCUGAGGUAUUUGCUCUGAGAGAUGCUGGAGAUUUAGCUGAGAAUGCAACAGCUUAUGUGAGCUUAGAGCCAUGUAAUCACUAUGGUAGAACUCCACCCUGCACUGAAGCCCUCAUUAAAGCAAAGAUUAGGAAGGUAGUGAUUGGAAUGGUCGAUCCAAAUCCAAUUGUGGCUUCAAGUGGAUUGGAUAGACUGAGAGAUGCAGGAAUUGAUGUAACUUUUGGCAUAGAAGAAGAAUUGUGCAAGAGACUCAAUGAGGCCUACAUCCAUCAAAUGCUGACAGGGAAGCCUUUUGUUACACUUAGAUACUCUCUCUCAGUCAAUGGCCACCUUUUGAACCAACUUGGGGAAGGAGCAACUGAGUGUGGCGGAUACUACUCAAAAUUGUUGCAGGAAUAUGAUGCAAUUAUAGUUUCUUCCUCAUUUGUUGACAUGUUCUCAAUUCCAACAUCACAAGAACCAGGUGCCAAGCAACCCCUUUGCGUCAUAACUGUAACAGCUCGUUCUUCUCCAAUCCAAAUCCCUUCUCUUGCAGAAGACACUGCUUCUGGAAUUGUAGUAUUUGCAGAAAAAGAGACAACUAUCAGACCAGAAACAGCUCAAAAAGGGGUUGAAACUGUGGUUUUGGAUCAGGUAAGUUUGAUUGAAAUUUUGGAAUACUGUAAACUUCAGGGACUCUGCAGUGUUUUGCUCGACUUGAGGGGAAGUUUAGGUGAGCUUGAAGGGCUUUUCAAUGACGGCAUUGAGCAUAAUAUGUUGCAAAAAGUAGUGGUGGAAGUACUGCCAUUGUGGAAAGAAAGUAACGGUAAAAGCUCCCUUGAGGGUUUGAACAGUGUUGGGAGAAGACUAAAAUUGAAUAAUCUACAGUCUAGGAUCUCAAAUAAAAGCGUUGUACUGGAGGGCUAUCUUGAGUACUAGUAGUCAGAGCGCAAGGACACCGCUAUUUUGUAGUCUGAAUGUAUCAGUUACACCAUUUCUCUGAAAGCUUUAGGAGCGGAAUGGAAAAGUUCUCUGUGGCUCUUCCUUGAAUGUCCUGAACUGACAAUUUUACCUCCCUUACAUAUUAAUGCAUGUACAACAGAAGCUUGGAGAUAGAUUUUGCAAAUUGGAACCUAAGACAUUUUCCUGAUCGUUUUUAAUCUGCAAUGUAAGUGCAUACGAAAUUAGUUUUAGUAGCUUAACAUGUCAACAGGAAACUGUAUGAGAGCUUUUUAUCUUAAAUCAUGAUGGCCUUGGCCCCUUAUGGAACACUUAGCUAUAUUAA